CGCCUCGGGACUCUGCACGUCCUCCCAGGAUCUUCUCUGAAGGUACUGGCUGAGCAGACGCCAUGGAGGUGGUGCUCAUCUUUCUAUGCAGCCUGCUGGCCCCUGUGGUCCUGGCCAGUGCAACUGAGCAGGAGAAAGAAAAGGACCCUUUUCAUUAUGACUAUCAGACCCUGAGGAUCGGUGGCCUGGUAUUCGCAGUGGUCCUCUUCUCGGUGGGGAUCCUCCUUAUCCUAAGUCGGAGAUGCAAGUGCGGUUUCAGUCAGAAGCCCCGGGCUCCAGGGGAUGAGGAGGCCCAGGUGGAGAACCUCAUCACUGCAAAUGCAACAGAGCCCCAGAAAGCAGAGAACUGAAGUGCGGCCCUCGGAUAGGAAGCACCUGUUGACGCUUAAGAAAACCAGCCACUUCAGCAACAGAUCUUUCCCCAGGAGAAGCCAAGAACUCAUGUGUCCCCCUGUGCCCCCAGUCCCCUCUACCACCAGUCCUCAACAUAAUGAUGCAAUUAAUACCUGCCUCCCCACCUCUAGCCUGCGGUCUUGUCCACUGCUGUGACGUGUCUGUGUGUGUGUGUGUGUUUGAUGACUGUGGUCUCCGUGGCUACUUGUUCGUGGAUGAUGUUGUAUUAGUGAACCCUGGAUUCACUUUCCUGGGCAGGAGCUGAGCCGCCAUCAGCUCCCCCGUGUUCCCCUGUGGCUCACCAUCAGCUCCUGCUCCAAGGAGCCUGCUUUUUCCCUGAGACACCAGUCCCUUCUCUCGAUUUAGAGGUGGGUGUAGGGGUGGAAGGAGCCCUGGUGGCUCAGUGGUUAAAGCUCUCAGCUGCUAACCAAAAGGUUAGCAGUUUGAACCCACCAGCCACUCCGCGGGAGAAAGAUGUGGCAGUCUGCUUCCGGAAAGAUUAC